AUGCUCGAGCUCCUUGAUCGUUCCUCUGUGGCUGCUUGUUUAUUGACUCUCUGCACCAUCGCCGGACUAUAUCUGUGGCGAAAUAGGACUGCGAAGCAUGCAGGAAUACCGCUGCCUCCGGGUCCUCCCCGUCUACCCCUCGUGGGCAACCUUUUACAGAUGCCGAAAAGUCAUGAUUGGUUGACCUACGAAGCAUGGGCCAAGGAGUUCGGUUCGGAUGUGCUUCAUGUCGAUGUCCUCGGUCGCCAUAUUGUGGUCUUGAAUUCCAUCAAAGCUGCCACGGAGCUGUUCGAACAGCGCCCUUCGAUUUAUUCAGACAGCCGAUUUUCCUGUCUUUGUAUAGCAUGGUGUCUAACGCUAGAAAUACUCGGCUUUGAUUGGAUAAUGGCUUCCAUUCCCUACAAUGAAAAUUUGAAGUCUAUGCGCAAAAUGAUCGAAACGUUCUUCCGGCCAACUGCAUUGAAGGAAUAUCACCCUGUUGAGACUGUAGCUGUCAACCAGCUCCUCAAUAGUCUUAUGGACAGGCCCGAAGAGUUUACGGCCCACUUAAGACAGAUGGCGGGUGCGAUUAUCUUGGAGCUUGGGUAUGGUUUCAAGGUAAAACCCUCGGGCGAUCCACACAUCAAGAGCGCCGAGAAAGCUAUGCAUGCCCUCACAACAUCAAUAUCCCAUAGCGCUCGUAUUUUCGAUUUCUUUCCUCUAGCAAUGUAUCUUCCUUCGUGGUUUCCCGGCGCUAGUUACAAGAAGUACGCCAGAGACGUGCAUCAUUGCAGUGUGGACACCAGAGAAAAUCCAUGGAUUGCCGCCAAAGAAGCAUUGGUACGCCAAGAAACCUCUCCAUCCUUUGCUGGGAACGUACUAGACCGGUUGGAGACCGAUCCCUCACCCGAGGAGGAAUCUUUGGCUAAGCUAGCUGCGGGAAAUUUGUUUACCGUGUGCGCGUUAGAGAUAUUUGUUCUCGCCAUGACAUUGUAUCCAGAAUCUCAGAAGAGAGCUCAAGCCGAGAUUGACUCGAUCAUCGGAAGGGAUCGUAUUCCGUCUUUUGAGGACAAGGAUAUCCUUCCUUAUGUCAAUGCCUUAACCACUGAGGUCUUCAGAUGGCGAAAUGUUACGCCUUUAGCUGUUCCCCACCUUCUUACAGUUGAUGACGUCUACAAGGGUUAUUUUUUACCGGCUGGAUCCACAGUCAUUGCGAACGUCUGGGCUAUGCUACACGACGAGAAUGUGUACGGAUCAGACGCGUUGGAAUUCAAGCCCGAACGGUUCUUAGACAGAGAUUCACCAUUCCCCGAAAUCGCGUUCGGCUUUGGGCGUCGUAUCUGUCCAGGCUUACACCUGGCUCGUGAGUCAGCUUGGAUAGCCAUAGUGUCAAUUCUAGCAACAUUCGACAUUUCGAAAGUGAAGGAUAAGGACGGGAAGGACAUCGAACCCGUUGACGAACAAUAUUCUGCGCUCGUCCCCCGGCCUUUGCCAUUCAAGUGCCACAUCAAGCCACGGUCUGCUGCUGCUGCUAAGUUGAUUCGGAUGACACAAAUAGUUGAGGCCUAG